AUGGCAAUGCAGUACCUGCUCCCCACUCUGCUGUACCUCUCACUUGUGCUGCUGAGGCCCGGCGAUGGAGUCAUUGUAUUGUCUGUCCCUGAAGUGGUUUCAUUAGAAAGUGGAAGUUCAACAAACGUCACUAUCUCUCUGAGGGCUCCAUUAAAUGAGACACUGGUGAUAACUUUUAAUGUUACACACUCAUCAAAACACAGCACUAUUGUUGAACUGCCUGAUGAAGUACAAUUGCCUGCAGGUCACACUAAAGCAGACUUCCAAGUGAAAGCAGAUGAUGUUGGACAAGUAACAGUUUAUCUUUAUACCAUUAAUUACAACUUAACUGGACCUAGGAUUCAGUUUCAAGUGAUUCACAGCAUCAUAGUGAGAUAUGCUGAUGAAGUGAUUGGCUGGAUCUAUUUCCUUGCCUGGUCUAUCUCGUUUUAUCCUCAACUCUUUGAGAACUGGCGACGAAAAAG